AGCGACUAGAGAGCAAUUAGCUAGCUAGCAAGCUAGCAAGCUAACGACAACAUCUAAUAUGCUGGAACAAGAAACCUCUCAAUAAUAAAAAUACAUUUUGAAGCAGUGUAGGGGACCCAAUUACUGGGUUUCACAUGCUUGGUACACACAAGCUAGUUAAGCAGGACAGCUAACGUUAGCGUUAGCUAGGUGAUCCGUGUGGGCUCGCUAAUAACAAACGUUAGCAUGAACUGGAAGGAGUCUUUUGGGGUGGAUGCAAGAUUGAAACUGUCUGAAUCAACGAAAAAUACACCAUCUCGAAGGCUGAGGUAACAGUGCCACCAUGUACUCGAGCCCAAACGACCCAAUGAAGUCGAGCUGCAACAGCAGCAGCAUCACUGAGCUGCUGGGUGCCCUGUGUGACUGCAGCCUGUCUGGGGUGUCAUGGAAACGCCGUGCCCUGGGUGGAGUCUCAAGAGAAGGUUUCCGCAGAGCUCUCAAAAAAUGUGCCUACGGCGCCCUGCUGUCUAAGCUAUUUCAAGAUGACACCAAAGGGUCUGCCUCAGGACCGAGUGCCACAGCCAAUACACCGCCCAAAAACAAAGUUCUGAUGAUAUGUUUUGACUUGCGGGUGGCAGGGUGCCGAGAGGAAGCAGAGCGUUUGGAGGAGCAGCUGGGGAUGCUGUUGGAUGGAGCAUCCUCUGGCCUAAAGGAAGUAGACGCUGUCCUUGAGCUCUUGGUACAUCUAGCUGGUUCGUCACCUCCACCCCCUACUUCUUUCAUUAGGGACUAUAUGAGACGAGAGAGGCCUGUGCUGCGGAGGCCUCAACCCUGGGGCUACCAGAGCGAGGAGCUUCAGAGGCUAGAGGCCCGGGCAUGGAGUCUAGUGUGUGGGGAGGAAUGGGGGACUUUAGAGAGUUUGUGUGGAACUCAGAAGUUGAUGGAUGCUCCUCCAGGAACAGGACUGCUGGCUCUGAGAACUAAAUUAGAAGUGGAAGAAAGAUUUGAGAGGGAGACCAGGAUGACGCUGUUUGGAGCACUGCAGCACACUCGCACCUCAGACAUAGACAUAAGACUGGACCUGCCUCCUGUUCCCAGUAAUAUUGAUGUAACUGGGCUGGCUAUACGGGUCCCCCCGUGUAUAGAUCAGUCUGAGGAUGAGGGUUUCCAGUCAGCUUCCAACAUGACCCCAGACUCUCAGUCAGAGACCAGCCCCAUUCCAGACAUUGAUAUAUGGGAGGCUCUUCGCACAUUUGAGCCUGGAAGACGCCGCUGCUGGGAGUCUGUUGGCUGCCCACCAGGGAAAAGCGAGUCACUCUAUCUAACAGAGGGAGGCAGGGAGGCCUUUGACCAGCUCUAUCGUCUGUGGGAGGGGGAGAUGAGGGUGGUCAGCACUGCUACACCUUCUCCUCUCCUCCCGCUGCCCCUGGACUCUCAGGCACUACUGGUAUUUGACCUCCUCAACGUCUUGAUCGGGGUGGCAUCCACGACCUUCCCUCUCAACCAGAGUGUUCAGUUUGAUGUCAGACCUGGUGUGUGCGUGUCCGGAGCCUCUCCAGAGAGUGUGUCUCGUCUCUUGGGGGAGCUGGCCCAGUACGGCACCCACUACUUGAGGCUUAGUCGCUUUUCUCUGCCGAGUGCUGGAAAAAAAGGCCUAGUCUUUCAGGCUUUUACAGGUGGUCUGCGGAAGUAUCUGCAUUACUACAGGGCUUGCGUUCUCAGCACUCCACCCACCCUCAGCCUGUUGACUAUUGGCUUCCUCUUCCGCAAAGUGGGACGCCAACUAAGGUACCUGUCAGAACUGUGCUGCGUAGAUGGGCCUUUGGGUGCAGGCCAGGCUACCUUCCCUGUGGGUGUUAAACUGCUGUCCUACCUGUACAAUGAAGCACAGAAUAACUGCAGCAACGAGAACUGCGCCGUCCUCCUGUCGCUGCUAAAGAGCAGCUGUGAACCUUAUACACGGUUUGUGUCUGACUGGGUGUAUAGCGGCGUGUUUCGGGAUGUUUAUGGAGAAUUCAUGAUCCAGGUUAAUGAGGACUAUCUCGUCUUCAGAGACAAACACUUCUGGGUCCAAGGCUACACUCUGAUCUCAAAGGAUGUGGAGGAUUGUGUGCCCAUCUUCCUGAGAGACAUUGCCAACGACGUGUAUGUCUGUGGAAAGACCAUCAACCUCCUUAAGAUCUGCUGCCCGCAGCACUACAUCUGCUGGUCGGAGCUGCCGGUGCCUCGCAUUGCUGUCACCUUCUCCCUCCGGGAGGUGGAGGACAUCGAGAGGGACUGUGCUGUGUACCGCGGACGCAUGGAGCGGGUUGCUAAGCACAGCGCCAUCAGCAGGGAGGAGCAAGCCCAGCGAGCAGAGCAGGCACGCCAGGAGCUGAUCAAUCAGGUCAGAGAGUCAGCGGCCAAAACCCUGGAGAGCAUCCGCGGGCGCCAGGUGUCACAACGUCUGGCUGAGGAGGCCAAGAAGAAGGAGCGUUUUGAGGAGCUGAAACAGCACCUGGAGCAGGAGCAAGAGUGGCGAAGCGUAGCCACAAAGAGGCAGGAGGAGGAUGACUUCAGCUUUGCCAGAGAACUGAGGGACAGAGAAAAAAGACUACAAGCCCUCGAGGAGCAACUGGAGCAGAGAGCCAGGAAGGAGCUGAUAGCUCAGUACAGCCGUCUGUCAGAGGAUGCAGCUCGCAGAGAGAGACGGGCCAUGUGGCGGGUGCAGCGAAUGAGACUUGAUGAACCCCGGGCUCAAUUCUUCAUGCAUGACAGGCAGCAGACUCAGGCAAUGCUAGAGAAAUAUCCUUUAGGCCAGAAGAGACCUCCCAUGAAAGUGUUUCCACCUGUUACCUCAGCACAACAGACUGCACUACAACCAACACUGGAAUCUCCCACUCAGCAUCUGUCGGAGCAGCAGCCAGCGGAGACUAAAGAAUCUGAUGGUGUAUCACCUGACCCAUCUUCACCUACCCUCACCCACCUUACAGUAAACCUCGCACUCAUCUCUGAGAACAUUGACGUCAAUGAUUUUCUUUCUAAGUCACCAAAUCCUAACAGUCAGCAGGUGGACAUCGCCCUACAGGAGAUUGGCUCUGACCUACCUGAAGUGUGUCCUACAGCACAGCUAGUAGACUAUGAUUUCAGUGCCCCCUUUAGUCCACUUGAAGGUAUCACAGGUCAAGCCUCAGUCCAGACCCGACCUCACUGGGGACCUGCAAUCCAGCCUGACUUGAUCCAGAACCAUCCCUCUUUUUCUCACAUCCCCAUAGGAGAGAACAUGUCUCAAGUCCAGGAUUGUUUCCCCAAAGCCAGCCCCUUUGGCCAACCCUCCAAAUCCAGCUUUACGCUAGGCCAGUACACCCCAGAGGAGCUUCAGAAUACAUCUAAAGCAAGCAUUUAUGGACAUCCCUCUCAAGCCUCAGUGCAGCUAGUAGAUGGGAGUGGCUCUAUGACAGACAACAAGCAGGCGGAAGUGGCAUCUAUGAUCAUUGAAAUGGGGAAUUUAGAAAGUAAAGAGGCAAAUAAAGACAAUGAGUCAGAAGGAAGUGGCAAGGCUAAUGGUCGUUACAAAGCCAUGACAAGUCUUUCUGACUGUGGUGGGAUUGAGCCACCUGAUGCAAAUCCUAACCCAAGCACUCAAGACUGCAGCUCAGAUGCUCAAGAUAAAGCUGGUGAUAAUAAUUAUUUGCCAAAUGUUCAUCUCCCCAGUGCUCACCUUAAAGUUGGAGAGCUGGUUUUAGAUGUCGUUGCCCAGCAGUCUUUACCUAGAGUCCAUGGACAUUCCUCUGAUGCUCGCGUAAAGGUUGGACAACUUGUAUCAGAGGUAACUGCUCCUCUUCCAUCCCCUAAUGUGCACGGUCAUGCCUCAGAUUCCCAUAUCAAAAUUGGAGAACAUAUUUUGAAAGUUGAUGCUUCUCUACCUUCCUCCAGUCUUCAUAGUCACUCUUCUGAUGCUCACAUUAAAGUUGGGGAAAAUGUUUCAGAUGUAGUCGCCCCUCUGCCCUUUCCAAACGUUCAUGGUCACAGUUCAGAUGCCCACAUUAAAGUUGGAGAAAAUAUCUCCGAUGUUGUUGUGCCGCUUCCUGCUCCCAGCAUCCACGGUCACUCCUCUGAUGCUAAUAUAAAAGUGGGCGAGUUUCUGUCUAACAUACCUGAAGCAAGGCCUCGUGAGAAUAAACAUGGGCAUGCCUCAGACUGCAUGCUUCAAUCAGGCUGUGUGGUGUCUGGAACUGAACCCGCCUUGUCUGCUCUACCUGGAAGCUCUUAUGGUCACUCCUCAGACUCGGGGUUAGGUGGUGGAUGUGUAGUUUCAGGAGAAGAACCCAAACGUUCUCCUCUACCUGGCAGUGCUUAUGGUCAUUCUUCAGAGUCAGGAUUGGGAGGUGGAUGUGUAGUUUCAGGAGAUGGACCCAAACGUUCUCCUCUACCUGGCAGUGCCUAUGGUCAUUCUUCAGACUCAGGAUUGGGAGGUGGAUGUGUAGUUUCAGGAGAUGGACCCAAACGUUCUCCUCUGCCUGGCAGUGCCUAUGGUCAUUCUUCAGACUCAGGAUUGGGAGGUGGAUGUGUAGUUUCAGCAGACGGACCCAAACGUUCUCCUCUACCUGGCAGUGCCUAUGGUCAUUCUUCAGACUCAGGAUUGGGAGGCGGAUGUGUAGUUUCAGCAGACGGACCCAAACGUUCUCCUCUACCUGGCAGUGCCUAUGGUCAUUCUUCAGACUCAAAUUUAGGCAUUGGUUGUGUGUCCAAAACUGAACCACUUCCAUCACAACUACCCGGCAGCACCUACGGCCACUCCUCUGAUUCAACCCUGGGGGUGGGUUGUGUGGUGUUGGGGACAGAGCCACAAGCCUCUGCACUACCAGGCAGCACCUAUGGCCACUCAUCAGAUUCUUCACUCACAGUUGGGUGUGUGGUGAAGGGCAAAGGCAGCUUAAAUCAGCAGAAGACAGACGACAAUGAAGAUGGCAGAGGUUCUAAGUCGGACAGCCCUGGUGAGCAACUGGUUGAGUUCAUGGGGUCCUGGGCAGCAGGCUUCGGUUUGUCCCCUGGAGAAAAGUCUGAGCAAGAAUAUCUCUUGGCUUUGUGUGCUCAGUAUGAGGUGGAAAAAUACGAAGACUGCUACAACUUAAUGGCUUCGUCCCCAGAGUGUCAGCUGCUGAAGCAGGUAACUCGGGGACCCUGGGGCCUUCCUAUGGACCACACACUGCGCAGAGCCACAGACGCCACCGUUGUCCAACUCAGCGAGAUGGUUUCUCUGCCAGUUCUGAUAAAACAGGCCGUCACUACCCCACUGAUCACACAUGUGUCAUUGGUGAACAAGGCAGUGGUGGACUACUUCUUUGUGGACUUGGGGGUGGAGAGACACUUUGAGACGCUGCGCCACUUCCUGCUGAUGGAGGAUGGCGAGUUUGCACAGUCUCUCAGCGAUCUGCUCUUUGAAAAGCUGGGCAGUGGCCAGACUCCCGGCGAGCUGCUGACCCCCCUGGUCCUGAACUCCAUCCUUAGUAAGGCCCUGCAGUACAGCUUGCACGGCGACACCCCCUUAGCAGGUAACUUUACCUUUGCCCUGCGCUUCCUCCCGGAGACCUUCCACCCACACGCCCCCGAUUCCCUCAACUGCCUGGAGCUCCGCUACAAGGUGGACUGGCCGUUGAACAUCAUCAUCACGGACAGCUGCAUGAACAAGUACAACCGUCUGUUCUCGUUCCUGCUGCAGCUCAAACACAUGGUGUGGAGCCUCCGCGAGGUCUGGUUCCACCUCAAGAGAACAGCGCUGGUGAAAGGUGCAGGUCGCUCGGUGCAGUUUCGUCAGCUGCAGCUGUACAGACAUGAAAUGCAGCAUUUUGUCAAGGUGAUCCAGGGAUACAUCGCCAACCAGAUCCUGCAAGUGUCCUGGAGCGAGUUCACAGCCAAGCUGGCCACUGCACACGACCUGGACGCCAUUCACCGCACACAUGCAGACUACCUCAACAGAGCCAUCUUCAGGGGUUUGCUGACAGAGAAGGCAGCUCCGGUCAUGAACAUCAUCCACAGCAUCUUCAGCCUGAUCCUCAAGUUUCGGGCCCAGCUGAUCGCACAGCCCUGGGGCAGCCAGCAGGGGGAGGCAGUGCACCCAAGCUUUAUUGCCAUGCAGCAGUCAUACAACACCUUCAAGUAUUACUCUCACUUCCUUUUCAAAGUGGUGACCAAGCUGGUGAACCGAGGCUACCAGCCUCAUCUAGAGGAUUUCCUUCUUCGCAUCAACUUCAACAACUACUACAAAGACUCCUGAGCUGUGUACUGGUGUGUAUGUUGUACAUGAGCUUAGUUUGAGUACUUGACAUAAUACAGUCCAUUUGUUAGAUACUUAUCCAAUGCACUGUUUACAUCUUAGUCCCCUGUAUCUGUCUAUAAGACAGAUAAUCAGAAAUAUAUAAUACAAUAAAUGUUAGUGUCUAAAAUACAUUCAGAAACCCACCUGUACUUUAUAUUAGGCCAUGAAUUUGAAAUUUAAAUUGUAUGCAAUUAUGCAAAGUUUAUGCAAUCCAUGUGCAGGAUUUGAUUAAUUAAUGGCUAAAACUGUAUGCUGCCAAAGUUUGUAAUUAAGGUGAAGCUGAUGCCUAUUGUAAUGUCUCACGCUUACGUGUGCCUCCAGCUAUGUAGAUUUUAAGUGCAUAUAAAUUAAGUGUCAAUUGCAUGUAAAUACAAUUGUUAAAUAAAUGCGCUAUGUUCUUGUG